CUGCGCGUUUCCGGUUCCGCCACUGCCGGAGCUACCUCGUUAUACUCUAGAGUGGCUGUGUCCUCUGCCACCUCUCUGCACUAUGUCGGGUGGCCUCCUGAAGGCGCUGCGCAGCGACUCCUACGUCGAGCUGAGCCAGUACCGGGACCAGCACUUCCGGGGUGACAAUGAAGAACAGGAAAAAUUACUGAAGAAAAGCUGUACAUUGUAUGUUGGAAAUCUUUCCUUUUAUACAACGGAAGAACAAAUCUAUGAGCUCUUCAGCAAAAGUGGUGACAUAAAGAAAAUCAUCAUGGGCCUGGAUAAAAUGAAGAAGACAGCAUGUGGGUUCUGCUUUGUGGAAUACUAUUCAAGAGCAGAUGCAGAAAAUGCCAUGCGGUAUAUAAACGGAACUCGUCUGGAUGACCGGAUCAUUCGUACAGACUGGGAUGCAGGCUUUAAGGAGGGCAGGCAGUAUGGCCGUGGGCGUUCCGGGGGCCAGGUACGAGAUGAAUAUCGUCAGGACUAUGAUGCUGGAAGAGGUGGCUAUGGAAAACUGGCCCAAAACCAGUGAGUGGUUGAGAGCCCCAUCAUGAAAGCCCAUUCCUUUGGCCUAUUGAAUUUGACGGGUGUUACCCAAGGUCUGCAAGCCUGCCUUUUGUUUUUGUUUUUUUUUUAAAAACCAAGCUUUAAUCAAUGUCUCUACUGAGCUGGAAGCCUUGUCAUGGUUUUCCUCUUAAAUAUUAUUAAAGAACAGAAUCCAAAAGAA